AAUCUAGUUUGUAGGCGCUCUGAAGCAAAAUGUUAGUUAAUAGACCUAUACUGAAUCACAAUAAACGAUUUGACGUCUAUUUUGUUUGUGGAAUCAUAACGAGAGGAAGUGUUUCUUCAAGAAGUUUUAUCCAUUCCUCCCCGAUCAUAAGUUAAAAUAUAACUUGUUCUUAAGUUAAGCUAAACUAUCAGUAUGACGGCCAUCUUUUAAUUACGAUAAUGUUAAUAAUAAUUUCGUAUUGUUUUUAAUUAUCUAGCUAUGUUUUGUGCUCCAUCAUCUUCAGAUCCACAAAAUUACGAUUUUGAAAGGGAAGAAAAUGCUGUCAAGUGGAAAGGACUUUUUGUUAACGCAUUGCGAAAGGUUCUGAAUCAAGUACACCCAUCCCUCUCAGCCAGGGAGGAAGCCCUCGAGUAUGUGGAGAGCCUUAUCUUUCGUCUGCUGGGAAUGUUGUGUGCUACAAAGCCUCACACUAUUCAGGAUGUGGAUGAACGUGUGCGCAGGACAUUUCCCACCCCUAUCGACCGCUGGGCUCUCAAGGAAGCCAAGGAAGCUCUUGAACGCGGAAAAAAGAAAUCACAUUCACAUUCCCAUCUUGUCCUUCCAGUUAACAAUAUCCAUCAGUUGCUUUCCAAGGAACUUCUCAACUACAAGUUAGAAUUCCAGGUGGCAUUAUACAUUGUUGCGGUUUUGGAGUACAUAUCUGCUGAUAUUUUAAAGUUGGCCGGCAAUUAUGUCAAAAACAUCCGUUAUUCAGAGAUCACCUGCCAAGACAUCAGAGUCGCCAUGUGUGCAGAUAAGGUGCUGAUGGACAUGUUUUGUCAAGACGACAACAGUCUAAGCACAGCACUCGCAGAGACCGAGUCUGCUGCCAAAGCUCCUAGAACUUCACACUCAUACGAGGAAGUGGUCAAAGAUUUGAUAUCUGAUGAGAAACAACAUCUUAGAGAUCUUCAUAUGAUCAUCAAAGUGUUCAGAGAAGAACUGGCUCGGUUGAUUCCUCCAGAUGACAACAAGCUGGACUGUAUGUUCUGUAACAUCUCGGACAUUUACGAGCUUACCGUAACUUUGCUGGGGCUGGUUGAAGACAUGAUUGAAAUGAGUGAAGAGAAACAAAUCCCCACCAUUGGUUGCUGUUUUGAGGAACUUGCAGAGGCGGCCGAGUUUGAUGUUUAUGGACGAUAUGCCAAAGACAUUGUCCAGGCAGGGUGUAGAGAAGCUCUAUCCAAUCUGAUAGCCAAACCUGAUGUCUCCAAUGCCUUACAAUCUGCUGGUCACGGCUUUAGAGAAGCUGUCAAGUAUUAUCUGCCUAAACUACUUUUGGCCCCUGUUUGGCAUUGUUUCCUCUACUUUGAAUACAUCAAGGAUCUACUGAUGUUAACUCCCGUGGAAGAGGAUCGUGAAAGUUUGGAGCAGGUGGAAGGAUUAUUGAGACCCUUACAAAUGGACCUAAACAAAACUAUGACUAAUGUUCCUAAAAGAGAGACUGUUAGAACUCCAGGUAGAGUUAGACGACAAGCUGCCUUGGAGAAAACUAACGAGCUCCAACGUACAAUCGAAGGUUGGGACCCCAAGGAGCUAAGCCAGUGUUGCAAUGAGCUUAUCAGAGAAGACUACCUCUGCAAGCUAAGCUCUGGUGGAAAACGCCUUACUGAACGAAAGGUGUAUUUGUUUGACGGAGUCUUGUGUCUAUGCAAACCCAACAAACGUACAUCAGUCUCCGUGACAGCUCAGCUCAGUGGCGGCUCAAAUGAUAAUAGCGGUCUCAGGUUGAAAGAAAAACUUUUCAUUCGCAAAAUUGAAAUUAUCGACAGAGAGGAUACUGAGGAACUGAAACAUGCGUUUGAGAUUGCACCUCGGGUACACCCCAAUGUGACCUUGGUUGCCAAAUCAGCUGAAGACAAAAACAACUGGAUGGCAGAUCUAGUCAUGCUCAACACAAAAAGUAUGCUGGAGCGCACGUUGGACAGUAUAUUGCUGGAUGAAGAGAAGAAACAUCCCCUUCUUUUACCUCACCCCAGUAUUUAUCGUUUUGCAACUGCAGACUCAGUGUCAAACAUUGUGCUUGAGGAACGUGAGAAUGCAGGAGUUCCUCUGAUUAAGGGUGCUACAUUAUGCAAGCUGAUAGAACGUCUCACGUACCACAUUUACGCAGACCCAACGUUUGUCCGUACAUUCCUCACUACGUACAGGAGCUUCUGUUCACCACAGGACCUCCUGUCUUUAUUGGUAGAAAGGUUCAACAUACCAGAUCCUUCUCUUGUCUAUGAAGAGCUGAAAGACUCUGAGAAAACCUCAAAAAACUCUCAACGGGAAGAUUGGAAGCGAUAUAGGAAAGAAUAUUGUCAACCAGUACAAUUUAGAGUUCUCAAUGUAUUAAGGCAUUGGGUGGAUCACCAUUAUUACGACUUUGAAAGAGAUCCAUCACUACUAGAAAAGUUACAUGAAUUUCUGAAUGCUGUAAAUGGAAAAUCAAUGCGCAAAUGGGUGGACUCUGUGCACAAAAUCAUUCAAAGAAAGAAAGAACAAACAGAGCAGCUGCGAGCUAUAACGUUUGCAUUUGACCGAUCCCCACCACCCAUCGAGUGGCACAUUCGUAUGCCUGAGGAAGAAUGGAAUAUUCUAACCUUGCACCCAGUGGAGAUUGCUCGUCAGUUGACUUUGCUUGAGUUUGACUUGUAUCGAGCAGUAAAGCCUUCUGAACUCGUUGGAAGCGUUUGGACUAAACGAGACAAACAGCAGACUUCGCCCAACCUUCUUGCCAUGAUCAAGCAUACGACAAAUUUCACUCUAUGGCUUGAGAAAAAUAUCGUUGAGGCUGAAAACUUCGACGAACGAGUUGCUAUUGUUUCUCGUAUCAUUGAAAUAAUGAUUGUUCUCCAAGAACUGAACAAUUUCAAUGGUGUCCUAGCUGUCAUUUCUGCCAUGGGCUCUGCAUCUGUUUUUCGACUGAAAUGCACAUUCCAAGGCAUCCCUGCAAGACUGGAAAAAGCUUUGGAAGAUGCAAGAGAACUCAAUAACGAUCACUUUCGGAAGUAUCAAGAGAAACUUAGAUCAAUUAAUCCCCCUUGUGUCCCCUUCUUUGGGAUGUAUCUAACAAAUAUUCUGCACAUUGAAGAAGGAAACCCAGACUACUUGCCAUCAUCUCCAGAGCUAAUCAACUUCAGCAAGAGAAGAAAGGUUGCUGAGAUAACCGGAGAAAUUCAACAAUAUCAGAAUCAACCUUACUGUCUCAGUGUUGAACCGAGAAUCAGGAACUUUUUGGAGUCUCUUGCUCCAUUUGAGGAUUGGAAAGAUAAUGAAAUCAGCAAUUAUCUUUACAACAAAUCAUUAGAAGUUGAACCAAAACAUGCUAAACAACCCCUAAGAGUUCCUCGAAAAUGGCCAGAUUUGAAUCUGAAAUCUCCUGGGAUAAAAACCCGCAACUUGGCCAGUAGGAGUCAAUUGCCUCAACCUCUGACGACGAAUGUGACUCCUCACUUGGUACCUCCCACCUCAUCACCUCGGCCUUCUGAUGGUGGAGGGGAUGAGACUCCUCGUACUCCUCUCACAGCUCCGCCCCACACGCCACCACCACCGUUGGCUGACUACAGUGUCUUUGCACAAAUUCACAUCGGCUCUUCCACACAAAGUGGCAGUUGCAGUGGGAACCAGUCGCCAGGAGCUGUGUCGGUGGCGCCUGUGUCUAUAAGUCCCGGCCCCUCCUUGCCUCCGACUCCCUCACCGUCACCCAUGCCCCCUCCACCACUACCCCCACGUUCACGAAGACGAGAGAGUUCUAUAUCUGACAAUUCUCCUCUCAUACAACAACCACCUGUGGGUGGAGUUGCUCCCAGGUUGCCACCAAGAGACUUGUCACCACCACCAUUGCCUCCAAGACCUCCUGUACGUCGUAGUUCUACAGUUGAACACCCUUCUCUCGGUCUCACUCCACCCACCACCUACACACGCCACUCUUCUGUCUCCUCCCACCAACCCCCUGUGGUUUCUCAUCAAGCGUCCAACAGUGCUCCGGUGGCAAUGGCUCGCCACAACACUUUACCAGCUGGUACCAAUCUCACAGCCAGACUGACUGGCCCUCCAGCUCUCCGACCGGAGUCUUCUACUCCUAAACUACCUCCAAAACCCUUCAAAUCAAACGUUAUGUUUCAGUUCAAUACCAAUCAGACAUAAAUGUUCACUGACAGGUGUUGUAAGAUAAUAUUCUAGUCAUAUUGGAGUAGAUUGUUAAGUGAGCUAGUCAUAUUAACCCCAGACGAUGUAACCUCGUUCGUGUUGCCAUUCGCUGAACGGCUUAUAACCCUGAAUUGACUGUCUAGUAAGUGUUCAACUCUGAGAUUUACGUACAAACUUAAGCUUUAAUUUAUAUCGGAUAAUUGAAAAAAUGUUAGCAAAGCUUGUUAUUACAUGUAUUUUUCUGGUGGAAAAUACUUGUGUGAUGAACCAUUCCACUUUCAUUUAAUUAUAAUUCUUAAUUCGCUAUCUUUUCUGGCAUGAUUGUUUUUCAAAUAAUAAAAACCUUUUUAUAAAUUCGACAUUAACAUUUUAUGGUUAAUUUAACAAUGAUAUGAAGAAAAUGUUACUCCCUUAUUAGCUACAUUAUACUUGGAGAAGACCUCUCUUUAAGUUUUAAUGUGGAUACAAACACAAACUUAACGGGUGCAAAAGCUUUCACUAUGACGAUAUGAUCUGUAAUUUCAUUUGAGAAACAUAUAUAUUUGAAUUUUAUUGAUAAGCUUCAAAAGCGUUUGUUCAAUAAUAGUGUUUCUCUGCUCUGGGCUGUGCCCAGUUGCCUGUCUAUAGUUUCUCAGCCGACAGUACCAGUAUGGGUUGGAUGUUAGUUUCAUAACUAGUUUAAGGACCUAUGAACAAAAAAUAUUUCUACUGUGACUAUGUAAAUUUAGUCGCUACUUUCCCCUUUUAAAAUUAGUAAUGUGGUUGUCUGACAGUGAACUCAAUUCAAACCACAGGCUUUACAUGUGGUGUUAAAUGUUUUUACUAGUUGUCACUGCUCUUCUGCUCUUCACAAUCUAUUGAAAUCAGCAUGUCAAACUGAUUGUUACCUUAGAGUCAAGUGAGAAUAAACUAUCCAAUGUACAUAGUUAUGGUUUUUAUAAUAUGCUUGGUUUACAUUAAUAAGAUUGGACCCUUUCUUAAAAUUCUGCACCAAUUUGGCUUGAUAUUAUUUUAAUUUAUUAUAACACAAUUGUUUUCCUAUGUUGUCACUAAAAUGUGUAAUUAAACCUAUUUUAUCAUUUUCUGGAUUAUUUUGUAGUAAUCUAGAGAAUUUGUCUACAUAAUGUGUAUAAAAAAAAAACAAUUGCUGUGACACUGAAAGCGCAACUACUUUGUUUUCACUAGAAUUGAACUGUAAUAAGAUAUCAAGUAUACUGCUCUAGUAUUUAUCAAUCGCAUACAUAAUUUUUUACGCCAAACUAUUCCUUUGAUACUAUUGCAAAGUUAAGCCUGGUUUUAUCUGUUUUUGGAGAUAUUACCAUUUUUAUUGACAAGACAGACACAUAAAUAAUUAGAAGAUACCAUCAAACUUUGCUUUAUCAUACACAAAAUAUCGUUGUACCAAAAUAAUGUUCAUUUGAUGAACUUUAAAAUUGCAUCGCCUCCAAUCUUAUUAAUAUAAAACCGCGGGUGUUUUUGCAAUGUAAAUAUUACUGUACAUUCAAUGUAAUGUUUUGUAAAUAUCUGGCUGAUAUGUAUCAUGUGUAAAUAUAUUAUAUGUACAGUAAUAGUGUAUCUUAUUGCUGCUCUUGGGGCCAGAUAAAUGUGUAGAUCUUAUACUUUUUUAUUGUUAUUUUUUCUACUAUUUAUUUUGGUAGGCUCCUAGCCUUUAAUAUACAGUUUAAAAACAUGAUGGUGAUAAAAUUUCAAAAUGUAAGGCAUAGAAAAUAGGUAACUACCAUUGUAGUAUGAUUAUUUGAUAAAUAUGUUACAAUUAUGUGUACAAAUCUUGUGACUAUUCCUGUCUUCUAUUACUUUUCCAACCAAAUUUGGUUCUUUCCUUUAUUAUUAGUAACUGUUGUUGACUUAUACUCAAUAGUGGUAACUUUUUUGACACAUUGACGUCUUGAUUUAAUGUUGUAUCAAUGUUUGAAUGGGAUUGUUCAUCUAAUGAACUUAACUGUAAAAAAUAGCUUUGGCAACAUGAAUAUUGUUGAUUACAAUUUUAUAAAACACUCCUUGUUCAGCAGUACUGUGACAGUGUAUACUGAAUUGUGCUUGAAGCAUAAAUAAAAUAAUUGGGUGUGCUGGUCACAUGGUGUAUGUAUUUUUUGUAUUAUAAAAUUUUAUUAGUAACUUCCAAGUCCAAAGUGCCACCAUAUUAUGUUAUAGCAAUCACACUGUUUGAUACCUGUUCGAUUUACUGUUAUUUUUUAUAUUAAAAUAAGCCAUUUUAGGUGCGGUUAUUAAGCAAUUAUUUGUUUCAUUAAGAAUUCAAAAUACACUUGUAUUGUUUGUGUUAUAGUUAUUUGUCUUAUUAUGGUUUUUGUUAUGAUUUAUAGAGUUGUGUGUAAACUCUUGAUGUUAGAGGUUUGGCUACAUGAAGUUAUUUCUCUAUUAAAAAUUCUUCUUGAUAGAUAUCCAGUGUAGCCGCAUCUGUAAUCAGCAGAAAUAUAUGAUGAUAAAGACUUCCAUUUUAUUUUGUAAAAACAAUUAAACACAAGUUGAACAUUCCAGUAAAUAGCAUUAUGUUUUUUUUAUGCUUCCUUAAAUUCGUUAUUUUACAUUUUAAGUGAUGCGUUUAUCAAUUUUUGAUCUUUCUUGGUUUUAUAAAUAGAGCACAUAACACAGAUUUUACACUACCACUAUACUUUGUCGUAUUAAUUUGGUUUUCACAUUAUGAAAAAUCGUAAACCUUUAUAUUAUAAAAAUGCGUAUUAUAUAUUUUCAUUUUUCCAAUAAUGGUGUGGUGCCUUUAAUAAUGUUUAUUAUUUUUAAAAGUACAUAACCAAGGUUUUCAAAUUUAAAGGACAAACAAAAGCAGUUCUAACAAUUAUGUUAGAUCAACAUAACCCUAAUUGUUGGCUAAUUGUUGAAGUUCCAUUGGACUAUUAAGUCCUAUUUCAAUUCAUUCAUUAUUAACUUUUAAAUCACAAAGAAUAAAGUUACAAAUGUGUGCUUAUUUUAUUUCUUACUUGACCAAAACUUGUCAAAUUCUUUGUUGUUAUUUUUUUCCGAGUUACAAUUGCAGGACAAUGCUCAAGAACAAUUAGCUUAUUAUUAUGAGUAUAGUUGUGGACAAAAGUACAAUUAUGAUGGAUAUUAUAAUUUUCCUGUUAUGAUUUUGUCAAAUAUAGCUUAUUUUGUA